AUGUACGAAAGCUUUACCCUCUCCAACAGCCGUCUUUUCUUCCAUGACCCACAACAAAUGCCUUUACACAGAGAGGCCGGAAGGUUAUGUGUUUCCACUACGCCACUCAAUUCUGAUGAUUUUUUCUUUUUUUUUUUUUUUCCUCAGUGUUUGUGUGCGAGAAUUGAGGUCUUUUCAGUGGUGGUGGUUCCUUCCCUUUUAUUUAUUAUUAUUUUUUUUUUCUUGUUCUGUCUCUUUUUGUGUUCUUUGCCUUUUGAUUUUGCCGGUGUUGUUGCAUAUCCCACUAACGGCAAGGCGAUUGUAGGGGGAGGAAGGGAGGGGAGCCCGUUGGGAAAGACCGAAGGGCGGCGUGGGGGGCUUUUUGAUUUGGUCAUGGAGUCAUCAACCCUCGCAAACGCCAUACCGUUUCCAGGGGGGAAAAAUAUCCUUGUUGCCUUGGAGCAGUCGAAGCUGUACAUAUACUGCGAUCUUUCACAGGACUUGGGCACAACCUCCUCCGGGAAGAACAUUCUCAUUGCCACUACUGGCGGCAGCAAGCCACUUGGUGCUACAAAUGCCUUCCUGGGGCUUAAUGUGUUCUGCAAUAUCACAGAAGAACCCAAGCUGAAGGAUGAGACGACGUCAAAACUACGUGAGGUGGAAAUUAUGGGGUAUUACUGCAUGUGGCAAGUCAAGGGACAUACGCUCUGUAUGAUGAUUGACUUUGAAAACGUUUCGGAAAAACUGGCGACCACAGGAAAUUCCGUGAUCCUUGCUUCCUCUGGAGGAAACAAGGCGGUUGGGAAAACUGGAAUAUUGUGCGCGCUAAACUGUCACGUGCCUUUGGGCAAGAAAUUCCUCAUGGAGAAGCUUUCAACAAUUGUUAACAAUGACUUUGUUUCAGUAGGCGAUACAGUGGAGUUGAACGAAGGCUUUGUCGUUCAUGUAGAAAGCGAGACACAGGUCACUUUGCAUUGUGAGUAUGAAUACACAAGGGCGAAAAGGCGAUUGGCGAUGCUUCCAGUUGUUAUUGAAGGCGACAUUAGUCUCAUAUUAACGUUAAGGUUUGUUGAUAAAAAGUUGAGAAGUGAAGAAAAAGCGGAGCAAAUGAAGACGGAAUUUGCCGUUUUGUCUCCAAAGUGGAAAAACCUUUUGCUACGGUACGGGCCCAAUCACAACGGGAACAAUAGUAGAGGGACUGUUGAUUUUUAUCUUCGUUUUGACCCUACACAAUUUAUCGGUCGCUCGUUCUCCGGGAAAUCCCUGACGGUAUCGUCAUCCGGUGGCUGGUGUAGUAUUGGGAAUGAAAUCUUCAUUAUGUUUAAUGCGCAUAAGCCGGCACCCCACCUGAGCCCUGCGGAGAUUAGAAGUGCAGUGCAGAAUGUGCUUGAGUCACGACGAGUGGAGGAGAUCACCUCGCUUUCUUUGAAGAAAGUUGAGAUCUUGGUAGUGACCGCGCUGAACCUGAAGGGAAGUAGCCUGGCAGAUGUGAGGGGUCAGGUGAAGGAAGCAGUGAAAGCGUACAUGGGUAGUUUGAAGCCGUCCGUCCCAUUUAAAACGGCCAAGAAGGCCGUCAAUAAAGCGUUUGCCACGCGAAAGCGAGAGGAAUUUGCGACGCUUUCCCUGAAGACUCUUUUGGCGGAGGUGAGCUCGGAGCUGGGAGCGGCGCACUGGGAGGAGGAGACUCUGAAGGCGCACGUCAAGGAGGCCGUCAUGCAGUGCCUCUGGGGCGAUGUUAGGCGAAUUCGCGGUAAAGGAGGAGGUCUCCGGGAGUGUGGCACGAGGCUGAGCGAAGGAACCACCGAAAGGUGA